AUGAAUCGACGCAAGCCUUUAUAUGGAGAUUCUUUGGAUACUCCACUUAACCGCUGCCUAACGACUUUUGAUAUAACAUUACUUGGUGUCGGGCAUAUGGUUGGAGCGGGUAUUUAUGUUUUGACGGGGACUGUGGCCCACAGUAUGGCGGGCCCCGCAACCGCUUUAAGUUUUCUUCUAGCCGGUAUCACUUCAACACUAGCUGCUCUAUGUUAUGCUGAAUUUGGUACUAGAAUACCAAGGGCUGGUAGUGCAUACGCCUACACAUAUGUUAGCAUUGGAGAAUUUUGGGCCUUUAUUAUUGGAUGGAAUAUUGUACUCGAAUAUAUGAUAGGUGCCGCUUCGGUUGCCAGAGCGUGGUCAGGAUAUUUAGAUGCGAUGCUCGAAGGCACAAUCAGCAACGCAACAAAAUCUGUUACAGGCGAAUUAAAUGUAACACUUCUCAGUACAUAUCCUGAUGUUCUGGCAUUUCUAAUUUGUAUUGCUGCAUCUUUAAUUUUGGCAGUGGGGGUCAAAACUUCAGCAUAUAUUAACAAUGCUUUAACAAUUCUUAACCUAGCAGUAAUUUCUUUAGUAAUAUUCCUUGGAUUUUAUUAUGCCGACAUAAGUAACUGGUCUGAGAAGAAUGGGGGUUUCAUGCCAUUUGGAUUUAGUGGAGUUUUAGCUGGUGCAGCUACUUGUUUCUAUGCUUUCGUCGGAUUUGACAGUAUCUCAGCCUCUAGUGAAGAAGCCAAAGAUCCUUCACGGUCUAUUCCGAUCGCUACUAUCUUAUCGAUGGCUAUGGUAGCUUUUGGUUAUAUUCUUGUCGCAAUUGCAUUGACUUUAAUGGUGCCCUACACAAGUAUUAAGCCAGAAGCCGCUCUACCAGAAGCAUUAGGUGCAGUUCACGCAGAUUGGGCCAAAUAUGCAGUAGCAGUUGGCGCAGUUUGUGGAAUGACUACGACGUUGUUAGGAUCUUUGUUUUCUCUGCCUCGUUGUUUAUAUGCUAUGUCAGCUGAUGGUUUGCUGUUUGGCUUCUUAAGUGAUAUCAACAACAAAUCACAAAUUCCUAUAACGAACCUCAUAAUAUCUGGAUUAUCUUCUGCUUUAAUAGCACUUUUAUUUGAUUUGGAAAAGUUGGUAGAAUUUAUGUCGAUUGGUACCUUAUUGGCUUAUACGAUUGUUAGUGCUGCUGUUAUUAUCUUACGAUAUCGCCCCGCUCCACCUUCAGAAGAUAAAGGUUUUGGGUCCCCACACUUGGAUUCACCAAUGGAUAGAGAAGACAGUUCGGCUACUGGUACUCCAGGAACGGAUGGAGGAUCAUCAUCCUCGGAGAUGUUUGAAGCGUUAACAGUGGGAAGGCUACGAGCGCAGUACGCGUGGCUGGAGCCGCUGGCGGGCGGGCGCGCCCCGGGCAGCGCCGUCACGAGUUGCGUGUACAUAUUUACUGCGGCCGCCGCCGCACUUUGCGCCCAUAACCACUUCCUGGCUGAACCAGCCGGCCUUUGGGCUUUGUUACCAGAUUUCGUGCUGAGUUUCAUAAUUAUUGCAUGUUUAGUAGUGAUUUGGGCACAUCAACAAAGUCCUCUGCGGUUACCGUUCCGAGUACCUUGGGUUCCUUUGCUACCCGCGGCCAGUGUAAUGCUUAACGUCGAGCUUAUGGUUAACCUAAAUGCCCUUACUUGGGCACGUUUUGCGAUUUGGAUGACAUUUGGAUUGCUUCUAUAUUUCCUAUAUGGAAUACAUCACAGCAAACUGGGCGAAGGGGUAACUGGAUUGCUCUCGCGGUCGGGUAGCGGGACUGCUCACAAUUGGGGGGCCGUGGACAAAACUAGUUCUUUGGCCCGCCGCGUCGGUCGCUUGGGACGAGGCAGUAAGAGUGACGAUCGUAAACCCAUCAUAUGUGACGACGAGCUCGCGAGACGGGAACCG